AUGAAGAAAGUAAUGGCAUUUCAGAAGGAACACACAAUACAGACCAGCAAAAGGCGCGCGCCAGAGACAUGGACGGAGACAAUCCGGCCAUACAACACCAAAGAGGCAAAGCAUGAUGAGAUUAAAAGAGUUUCGUUAGAGACUUUAGGGUUCCUGCAGGGGGCAGCUCCUAAAACAAAAGUUAUCGUAAGAAAUAAACCUUUACCAGUACAAAGUAUGCUCAGCUACAUGUCAUUAUGUCCGUCCUUCAUCAAAGUAGUGUAUUUAAUGGAUGUAGAAGAUGGGGUUAUUCCUAUGGAGGUGUACUCCAAAGAUACUCAUACGAUCACUACAAACACAGCUGUCAAAAAAAUACGGUAUGCUAGCUGCAUGGCACAGGCAGUGACUGAAGUGGAUAAGUCCCUUAAAAUACGGCAGGGCCUGUUCCAGAUAUCAGAUCAGCUAGUGCCCAUCUAUGAUAUAACCCAAAAAAUGACAGUUAAACAGAGGCUGACAGUUGUGAAUAAACUAUUAGCAAUAAGUAUGUCACUCAAUCAUCCUGUGCUCAACAGGGAUAGCAUAUUUAUACAUGAGAAUAACUGUGAUCUGUUAUAUAUACCGGAGAAGAGAAAGACUACCGGUACAAUGGAGUACAUGGUGGGCUUGCUUGGAUUAUUAAUGGACACAUACACAAUUAUGGAAAGAGUCAAGAUCAUCCAGAAUUUAGAUGUAGAAAACAAAGAAGAGUUAGAAGGCCCUCUUAAAAUAGCCUCAAUAAUAUAUGAUGGAAUGAGAAGUGAGGAGUGGAGGAGUGCGUAUGCCACAGCAUCACGAUACAUCCUUACCUACCUAGGUGCGCUUUAA